GGAACGCUUCUUCAACAACUGCAGCCACCUCGGUAGCUCGCUAGCCAACGAAGUCGGAACAUUCAAGUUCUUUAGACAAUUUCGUGCUUUAUUUGCCACUGAUUUAAACAUACAUAUGUGGAAACAACUAGCUACCCAGUAUAAUUUAAUAUUUACGUUGUAACUCAACUAGCUGGCCGGUUAGGUUAGCGCUAGUGUAGUCGCUAAUGCUAACUGGCUAACAUCCCCGAACAUGAGUUCACUAAGCUACUCUCCUCAUUCUAAAGAAGAGGAGGUCUGCUGGACGGAGAAAGAAGCUCUCGUGAAAGAAGAAGAGGAAGAGAAGGAAGUUACAAUACAAAAACAAGUAGAGGGUGAGACUGUUACCGUGAAAGAAGAAGAUCAAGACGUUACAGUCAAAGACGCCUUCAGGGUGAAAGAGGAGGAGGAUGUUACUGUGAAAGAAAAGGAGGAAGAUGCAGUUUUGGGAGUGGAGGAUGAAGUGAAAGAAGAUGAAGACAUUUUUGGAAUGAAGGCUGAAGAGGGGGAGAUCACUGUCACAUUAGAGGAGGACGAAGAAGAGAGGACUGGAGAACUGAUUAACACCAGUAAAUACAGAGAGAGACGGGACUAUCAUGGAUCCUCUGGGGAGCUUCAACAACAUCAUGAUGCUGACGAGGCAGAGAAGAGUCUCUCCAGAUCAGAACUUCUCAAGAAACACCAGCAGAGAGGAAAGAAACCUCACUGCUGCUCUGACUGUGGGAAACAUUGCAAAUCUUCAUCAGAACUUAAAAAACACCGGAGAACACACACAGGAGAGAAGCCUUAUAGCUGUGAUCAAUGUGGGAAGAGUUUUACUAAUUCAAGUAAUCUGAAAACACACCAGAGAACACACACAAGAGAGCAGCCUUACAGCUGUGAUCAGUGUGGCAAGAGUUUUACUCAGUUAUGCAACCUGGUAUCACACCAGAGAACACACACAGGAGAGAAACCUUAUAGCUGUGAUCAGUGUGGCAAGGGUUUUACUCGGUCAACCAACCUGGUAUCACACCAGAGAACACACACAGGAGAGCAGCCUUAUAGCUGUGAUCAGUGUGGCAAGGGUUUUAUUAAUUCAAGAAACCUGGUAACACACCAGAGAACACACACAGGAGAGAAGCCAUAUAGCUGUGAGCAAUGUGGGAAAAGCUUUUCUCGGAUAGGAUACCUUAAAGGACACCAGAGAACACACACAGGACAGAAGCCUUAUAGCUGUAAUCAGUGUGGCAAGAGUUUUACUCAGUCAAGCAAGCUGCUAUCACACCAGAGAACACACACAGGAGGGCAGUCAUAUAGCUGUGAGCAAUGUGGGAAAAGCUUUUCUCGGAUAGGACACCUUAAAGGACACCAGAGAACACACACAGGAGAGAAACCUUAUAGCUGUAAUCAAUGUGGGAAGAGUUUUACUCAUUCAAGUAAUCUGAAAACACACCAGAGAACACACACAGGAGAGAAGCCUUACAGCUGUGAUCAGUGUGGCAAGAGUUUUACUCAGUCAAGCAACCUGGUAUCACACCAGAGAACACACACAGAAGAGCAGUCAUUUAGCUGUGAGCAAUGUGGGAAAAACUUUUCUCAGAGAGAAAGCCUUAAAGAGCACCAGAGAAUACACACAGGAGAGAAGGCUUAUAGCUGUGAUCAAUGUGGCAAGAGAUACUCUCAUUCAAGUGGUCUGAUUAAACAUCAGAAAAUACAUGCAGGAGAUCCACAGAGUGUAGAAUGAUCUCCAACACCAGACCUGGGAAUGAUCUCCAACACCAGACCUGGGUAGUAGAACACUGUGGAAUGACCAACACCAGACCUAUAUACAUCAAAUCACAUUUUAUUUGUCACAUACAGUUGUUUAACAGAUGUUAUUGCGGGUGUAGCGAAAUGCUUGUGUUUCUAGCUCCAACAGUCCAGUAAUAUCUAACAAGUAAUAUCUAACAAUUCACACAAUGUAAAGGAAUGGAAUUAAGAAUAUAUAAAUAUUUGGGUGAGCAAUGUCAGAGCGGCAUUAGUCUAAGAUACAGUAGAAUAGGAUAUAAUCUAGUCUGUUCAUUAAAUACAUUUACAUGAUGUGUUGUUACACCAUGUAGGAGCAGGAUAGACCUAGUCUGUUCAUUAUAUACAUCUACAUUGUAUAUUGUUAUGCCAUGUAGCAGCAGUAUGGAGGUACAGUGGGGGACAAUUGUUGACACCCUUGAUAAAGAUAAGAUAAACGACUCUAUAAAAUAAAGAGUUCAAAUACUAAGCUAUAUUGUAUGCAAAAAAAAACAAGGGAAAUUAUAUUAUUUUAUACUAGUACAAUUGCUCAGAGAAAGAGAUUUAGUUUAACAUGUAAUUCUCAAAAGGAAGGGGUCUGAAUUAUUGCCACCCAUGUUUUCAAUUCUCCAGCACCUUCCCCUUGUGGGGAUAACGACAUUCAAAUGUUUUAUGAGAUUGGAGAACACAUUGGGUGUGAUCUUAGACCAUUCCUCCAAACAUAAUCUCUCCAGGUCCUUGAUUUAUUUAGUAUGCGCUUGUGGACUGUCCUGUUCAAUUCAAACCACAGGUUUUCAAUGGAGCAGAAGUCCGAAGACUGAGAUGCCCAUAGAAAAAUGUUGAUUUUGUGCCCAAUUAACUAGUUUUUCAUGGAUGUUGAUGUGUCUUGCUGGAAGAUCCACUUAUGGCCAACUUUCAUUCUGCUAGCAGAGAGGUAACCAGGUUUUGGGCUAAAAUAUCCUGGUAGUGGGUAAAGUUAAUUUAUUUUAUACAGUAAUUUUUGCUCAUCUUUAUCAAGGGUAUCAAUAAUCAUGUACUUAUUUUGAUAUCUAGUUAUUUGAGUCAGAAAUACAGAUGUGGAGUAGAUGUGGAGUUGGUUUUAAAUUCUCAUUAAAAAUCUGAACUAAUAAAACAACACUUGUU